UAACGUCCCCGCGCAGAGCCAUCAGCCCGCGCCCACCCGGGUGUGUGCCCGAGGGCGCGGGCGGGCCGGACGGACGGUGGGGGCUGUGCGGCGGUGGCAGCCCCGGGCGCCGCAUGUGCGUGGUUAAUAACGAGGCAGCAGCGAUCGGGAUGGGCGAGCCCGGCCGCCCCAGGCUCCUCCGGGCGGGGGGGGGGACGGGGACACCCGCCACUCUGUUAUCUCCCGAGCCUCUCUCCCAGGCAGAACUGAUCCUCUUGAGGGAACGAGGGGGUGGGGGGAGAGUCUCGACUGCAAAUACUGCUUGGAGUUUAUUAAUGAGGGCGUCUGAGCGUUGAGGUGCUCUCCCGUGGCUCCCGGUGGAUGCUGUAAGGAGCCAGGAUUGUGGUGGGUUUCGGCUGUGCAGGGAGUUGGGGUAGCGGGGGGGUGGGGGAAGGAAAAGACACGAUCGAGAGUAGCUGAGACUUUGUGCCCCCGUUGGAGAGAUGGUUGAGUCCUCGUCAAGGUUGCUGUGGUAUCCCAGAAACACCAUUCACUCCGAGCUGUGACCGCGCACCAUCAACAGCAACAACUCCGCUGCGCCUGGCCGAGGAAUAGGAAUUAAGAGCUCUCAAGAAUAAUAUGAAAGGGAUCUGCAGAGGGGAAAUUCGUGCAAAGGAAUCGAAAUUAGCAGACUUUUGGGAAAGGGGAUGUACUAAAUGUGGCCGGCUGGACUUCAUCCUGGUGAAGAAAAUGGAGAUUAAAAGUGGAUUUACAUUUUGGAACCUCGUCUUUUUAUUGAUGGUUUCGUGUGUGAAAGGAUUUAUUUAUACCUGUGGUGGAACUUUAAAAGGACUUAAUGGAACUAUAGAAAGCCCUGGCUUCCCAUAUGGAUAUCCAAAUGGUGCAAACUGUACAUGGGUUAUAAUAGCAGAAGAAAGAAACAGAAUACAAAUCGUCUUUCAGUCUUUUGCUCUAGAAGAAGAAUAUGAUUAUUUGUCAUUAUAUGAUGGGCAUCCUCAUCCUGCAAACUUUAGGACAAGGUUAACAGGAUUUCAUCUUCCUCCACCUGUGACAAGUACAAAAUCUGUAUUUUCACUUCGCUUGACAAGUGACUUUGCAGUUAGUGCUCAUGGGUUUAAAGUGUACUAUGAAGAAUUACAGAGUAGUUCCUGUGGCAAUCCAGGAGUUCCACCAAAGGGUAUCUUGUACGGUACAAGAUUUGAUGUUGGUGACAAAAUCCGAUACAGCUGUGUAACUGGAUAUAUUUUGGAUGGACACCCCCAGCUGACUUGCAUAGCUAACUCUGUGAAUACAGCAUCGUGGGACUUUCCUGUUCCUAUCUGUAGAGCUGAGGAUGCUUGUGGAGGAACUAUGAGAGGAUCCAGUGGAAUCAUCUCGAGCCCCAACUUUCCUAAUGAAUAUCAUAAUAAUGCAGAUUGCACAUGGACAAUUGUUGCAGAGCCUGGUGAUACUAUCUCACUCAUAUUUACAGAUUUCCAAAUGGAAGAAAAAUAUGAUUAUUUGGAAGUAGAAGGUUCUGAACCACCUACAAUAGGACUGUCUGGAAUGAAUAUACCUCCUCCAGUUAUCAGCAACAAAAACUGGCUCAGACUACAUUUUGUAACAGACAGCAAUCACCGAUACCGUGGAUUUAGUGCUCACUACCAAGGUUCUUCUUUCAUCAAAACUGCCUCCACUGGUGAGUUAGAGGAGCAUAUUGCGGCCACUACUGGUGCCAUUACUGUUGCUAGCACAUCUGCUGAUGUUGCUGUAUCCAGUGCAGUGACCACCCAUAGACAACCUUCUGAAGAACAAGUGCAAGCUAUGAAUAUAAGAAAAUCAAUUCUGGAGUCGGCCAGUUACAAGGAAGCACUCUCUCUUCAUCCAGCAAAUUUACAAAGCACAAGAAGACGACCAAGAAAUGCUGAGCAGAUAGAAAGAACUAAAGAACUUGCAGUUGUUACUCAUAGAGUAAAUGAGGGAGGUAUUAAACAGGCGUCCAAUUUGUGUCCAGAUCCUGGAGAACCAGAAAAUGGAAAACGGAUAGGCUCAGAUUUUAGCUUGGGAGCAACAGUGCAGUUCUCCUGUGAUGAAGAUUAUGUGCUUCAAGGUUCCAAAAGUAUCACCUGUCAGAGGAUAGCUGAAGUUUUUGCUGCAUGGAGUGAUCAUAGACCCGUGUGUAAAGUCAAAACUUGUGGAUCCAAUCUUCAGGGACCUGGAGGCACUUUCACAUCACCUAAUUUUCCAUUUCAGUAUGACAGUAAUGCUCAAUGUGUGUGGGUCAUCACGGCUAUCAAUACCAAUAAGGUUAUUCAGAUAAAUUUUGAAGAAUUUGAUCUGGAGAUUGGUUAUGACACACUGACAAUUGGUGACGGAGGAGAAGUGGGUGAUCCUAAAACUGUGCUUCAAGUGUUAACUGGGAGCUUUGUACCAGACUUAAUUGUGAGCAUGAGCAAUCAGAUGUGGUUGCACCUUCAAACGGAUGAAAGUGUGGGAUCAAUUGGUUUCAAGGUUAACUACAAAGAAAUUGAAAAGGAAAGCUGUGGGGAUCCUGGAACACCAUUGUAUGGUAUCAGAGAAGGGGAUGGAUUUUCUAAUCGUGAUGUUUUAAGAUUUGAGUGUCAGUUUGGAUUUGAAUUAAUUGGAGAGAAAUCUAUCAUUUGCCAAGAAAACAACCAGUGGUCUGCAAACAUACCAAUCUGUAUUUUUCCUUGCCUUUCCAAUUUUACUGCACCAAUGGGAACAGUUCUUUCACCUGAUUAUCCAGAGGGAUAUGGAAAUAAUUUAAACUGUAUCUGGACAAUAAUUUCAGACCCUGGGAGCCGAAUCCAUCUCUCCUUUAAUGACUUUGACUUGGAAUCUCAGUUUGACUUCCUUGCAGUUAAAGAUGGUGACUCUCCAGAUUCCCCCAUAAUAGGAACAUUUACUGGUGCUGAAGUUCCUUCCCAUCUUACCAGUAAUGGCCAUAUUUUGCGUCUGGAAUUUCAAGCUGACCAUUCAAUGUCAGGACGUGGAUUUAACAUCACUUAUAACACAUUUGGACAUAAUGAGUGCCCGGAUCCCGGAGUUCCAAUCAAUGCUCGGCGUUUUGGAGACAACUUUCAACUGGGGAGCUCAAUUUCUGUUAUAUGCGAAGAAGGAUUUAUUAAAACACAAGGAACUGAAACAAUUACUUGUAUUCUAAUGGAUGGAAAAGUAAUGUGGAGUGGACCUAUUCCUAAGUGUGGAGCUCCAUGUGGUGGGCAUUUUUCGUCUCCCAGUGGAGUAAUUCUCUCUCCAGGCUGGCCAGGGUAUUAUAAAGAUUCCUUGAAUUGUGAGUGGGUGAUAGAAGCUGAACCAGGACACUCUAUCAAAAUUACAUUUGAAAGAUUUCAGACUGAACUCAAUUAUGAUGUUUUGGAAGUUCAUGAUGGACCAAACUUAUUAUCUCCACUUCUGGGAUCUUACAAUGGUACACAGGUCCCCCAAUUUCUGUUUAGCAGUAGCAAUUUUAUUUAUCUUCUCUUUACAACUGAUAACAGUCGUUCUAACAAUGGAUUCAAGAUUCACUAUGAAAGUGUAACUGUUAACACUUACUCUUGCUUGGAUCCUGGCAUACCAGUGCAUGGACGUCGUUAUGGACAUGACUUCUCUAUAGGUUCCACUGUCUCAUUUAGUUGUGAUCCAGGUUACAGGCUGAGUCAUGAGGAGCCUUUGCUAUGUGAAAAAAAUCACUGGUGGAGUCACCCCCUCCCAACUUGUGAUGCUUUAUGUGGUGGAGAUGUUAGAGGACCUAGUGGAACAAUUUUAUCACCAGGUUAUCCUGAUCUAUAUCCAAAUUCACUGAAUUGCACAUGGACUGUGGAUGUUACCCAUGGCAAAGGAGUGCAGUUCACCUUCUACACCUUUCACCUGGAGGAUCACCAUGACUACUUACUAAUAACAGAGAAUGGCAGUUUCACACAACCAUUAGCACGUCUGACUGGCUCAGAGCUUCCUUCACCAAUCAAUGCUGGUCUCUAUGGAAAUUUCAGGGCUCAAUUGCGCUUUAUUUCAGAUUUUUCAAUAUCGUAUGAAGGAUUUAAUAUUUCUUUCUCUGAGUAUAAUCUUGAACCUUGUGAAGAUCCUGGGAUCCCACAAUUUGGUAACAGAAUAGGAUUUAAUUUUGGAGUGGGAGAUAUUCUGACAUUCUCCUGUUCUUCUGGAUAUCGUUUAGAAGGAGCUUCAGAGGUUAUUUGUCUUGGUGGUGGACGACGAGUAUGGAGUGCACCUCUUCCAAGGUGUGUGGCUGAAUGUGGAGCGUCCACAACAAAUAAUGAAGGAAUCUUAUUGUCUCCCAAUUAUCCUCUUAACUAUGAAAACAACCAUGAAUGUAUUUAUAGCAUUCAGGUACAAGCAGGGAAAGGAAUCAAUAUUUCUGCCAGAACAUUUCACUUAGCCCAAGGAGAUGUUCUUAAGAUCUAUGAUGGUAAAGACAACACUGCUCACCUGCUGGGAGCAUAUACUGGGGCAUCAUUAAGAGGCCUGACACUAAGUAGUACUUCAAAUCAUUUGUGGUUGGAAUUUAACUCAGACACAGAGGGCACUGAUGAAGGUUUUCAGCUUGUGUAUACCAGUUUUGAGCUUUCACACUGUGAGGACCCUGGUGUGCCACAGUUUGGAUAUAAAAUCAGUGACCAAGGCCAUUUUGCUGGAAGUACUAUAAUUUAUGGAUGCAAUCCAGGUUACACACUCCAUGGAAGUAGCCUACUGAAAUGUAUGACUGGGGAAAGAAGGGCAUGGGACUAUCCUCUGCCAUCAUGUAUUGCUGAAUGUGGAGGCCGUUUUAAAGGAGAAUCAUCCGGAAGAAUCUUAUCUCCUGGCUAUCCUUUUCCCUAUGACAACAACCUGCGUUGCAUGUGGGUGAUUGAAGUAGACCCAGGAAAUAUUGUCAGCCUCCAAUUUCUUGCUUUUGAUACUGAAGCAUCCCAUGACAUCCUACGAGUUUGGGAUGGUCCACCUGAGAACGAGAUGUUACUCAAAGAAAUUAGUGGCUCACUGGUUCCUGAAGGCAUUCACAGUACACUCAACAUAGUAACUAUCCAGUUUGACACAGACUUUUAUAUCAGUAAAUCUGGAUUCGCCAUACAGUUUUCAAGUUCUGUAGCCACUGCCUGCCGUGAUCCUGGAGUCCCCAUGAAUGGAACUAGAAAUGGGGAUGGAAGAGAACCUGGAGACACUGUCAUUUUUCAGUGUGACCCCGGCUAUGAACUUCAAGGAGAUGAGAGAAUAACCUGCAUUCAGGUAGAAAAUCGGUACUUCUGGCAGCCCAACCCACCAGUCUGUAUAGCUCCCUGUGGAGGAAACCUGACUGGCUCAUCAGGUUUUAUACUUUCACCAAACUUCCCUCAUCCUUAUCCCCACAGCAGAGAUUGUGACUGGACUAUCACUGUAAAUAAUGAUUACGUUAUAUCAUUAGCAUUUAUCAGCUUCAGUAUAGAACCAAAUUAUGACUUUCUCUAUAUCUAUGAUGGGCCAGACAGUAAUAGCCCACUAAUUGGGAGCUUUCAAGAUAGCAAGCUACCAGAGAGGAUAGAAAGCAGUUCAAAUACUAUGCAUCUGGCUUUUCGGAGUGAUGGAUCUGUUAGUUUUACUGGAUUCCAUCUAGAGUACAAAGCAAAGCUUCGUGAGUCUUGCUUUGAUCCUGGAAAUAUAAUGAAUGGAACAAGACUUGGAAUGGAUUAUAAACUGGGUUCCACUGUCACAUAUUACUGCGAUGCAGGUUAUGUUCUUCAGGGAUAUUCUACGCUAACAUGUAUCAUGGGAGAUGAUGGAAGACCUGGAUGGAACAGAGCCCUGCCCAGUUGUCAUGCACCCUGUGGAAGCCGGUCAACAGGCUCUGAAGGGACUGUAUUAUCACCAAACUACCCCAAGAAUUAUAGUGUUGGUCACAACUGUGUUUACUCUAUCACUGUUCCUAAGGAAUUUGUUGUUUUUGGCCAGUUUGUGUUUUUCCAGACAUCACUCCAUGAUGUGGUUGAAGUAUAUGAUGGCCCAACUCUACAGUCAUCUUUGUUAUCCUCUCUCUCAGGAUCUCAUUCAGUAGGUGAAUCCCUUCCACUGAGCUCAGGGAACCAGAUCACAGUUAGGUUUACUUCAGUUGGACCAAUAACAGCUAAAGGAUUUCAUUUUGUUUAUCAAGCUGUUCCAAGAACAAGUGCAACACAGUGUAGCUCUGUGCCUGAACCGAGAUUUGGAAAAAGGAUUGGAAAUGAAUUUGCAGUUGGUUCAUUGGUUCUUUUUGAGUGCAAUCCAGGCUAUAUCCUCCAUGGCUCAACAGCAAUUAGAUGUGAUACGGUACCAAACGCAUUGGCACAAUGGAAUGAUUCACUCCCUACGUGUGUUGUGCCCUGUGGUGGUAUUUUAACAAAGCGCAAAGGGACCAUUUUGUCUCCUGGUUACCCUGAGCCUUAUGACAACAAUCUGAAUUGUGUUUGGAAGAUCACAGUACCAGAGGGAGCUGGGAUUCAAGUCCAAGUGGUGAGUUUUGCCACAGAACACAAUUGGGAUUCCUUAGACUUCUACGAUGGUGCUGACAACAAUGCUCCAAGGCUUGGAAGUUAUUCAGGAACAACCAUACCUCCACUUCUAAACAGCACAUCAAAUAAUCUGUACCUAAAUUUUCAGUCUGAUAUCAGUGUUUCAGCUGCCGGAUUUCACCUUGAGUAUACAGCUAUAGGUUUGGAUUCUUGUCCUGAACCACAGACCCCAAGCAAUGGAAUCAAAAUUGGAGACAGAUACAUGGUUGGAGAUGUGGUGUCUUUCCAGUGUGAUCAGGGUUAUUCUCUUCAGGGACAUUCACAUAUCACUUGUAUGCCUGGACCAGUAAGAAGAUGGAAUUAUCCAAUUCCAAUAUGUUUAGCACAAUGUGGUGGUGGCAUGUCAGACUUCAGUGGAGUGAUCCUCAGCCCUGGGUUUCCUGGCAACUAUCCUAGUAGUUUGGAUUGCACAUGGACAAUAAAACUACCUAUUGGGUUUGGUGUCCAUUUGCAAUUUUUGAAUUUCUCAACGGAGACCAUACAUGACUACUUAGAAGUUAGGAGUGGAUCUACAGAAACUAGCACGGUUAUUGGGAGACUAAGUGGCCCUCAGCUCCCAGCCUCUCUGUUCAGCACAACUCAUGAAACCAGCUUAUACUUUCACAGUGAUUACUCACAGAAUAAACAAGGAUUUCAUAUUGUAUAUCAAGCAUAUCAGCUGCAAAGCUGUCCUGAUCCUCGACCAUUUCGGAAUGGUUUUGUUAUUGGAAAUGACUUCACUGUGGGACAGACUAUUUCAUUUGAAUGUUUUCCUGGCUACACAUUAAUUGGAAAUUCAGCUCUGACUUGUCUUCAUGGAAUCAGCCGCAACUGGAAUCAUCCUCUCCCCAGAUGUGAAGCUCUCUGUGGAGGAAAUAUAACUGCAAUGAAUGGCACCAUAUACUCUCCUGGAUACCCUGAUGAGUAUCCAAACUUUCAAGAUUGCUUCUGGCUUGUAAGAGUACCACCUGGGAAUGGAAUCUACAUCAAUUUCACAGUUCUUCAGACUGAGCCAAUAUAUGAUUUCAUAACUGUCUGGGAUGGACCAGAUCAAACUUCUCCUCAAAUUGGACAGUUUAGUGGCAACACUGCCUUAGAAUCAGUCUAUAGCACUUCCAAUCAGAUUCUGAUCAAGUUUCACAGUGACUUUACUACCAGUGGCUUCUUUGUACUCAGUUAUCAUGCCUAUCAGCUCCGGGUCUGCCAGCCUCCAGCAAAUAUACCAAAUGCAGAAAUUCUAACUGAGGAUGAUGAAUUCGAAAUAGGAGACAUAAUAAGAUACCAGUGUCAACCAGGCUUUACAUUGGUUGGUAAUGAGAUUCUGACAUGCCGACUGGGUGAAAGACUUCAGAUGGAUGGAGCACCACCUUCUUGUCAAGUGCUCUGCCCAGCCAAUGAAAUGCGUCUGGAUUCAACAGGAGUAAUACUGAGCCCUGGAUAUCCUGACAGCUACCCCAAUCUCCAGAUGUGUGCAUGGACCAUUACCGUGGAAAAAGGCUAUAAUAUCAGCAUGUUCUUUGAAUUCUUCCAGACAGAAAAGGAAUUUGAUAUACUUGAGGUGUUUGAUGGACCAAAUAGUCAUAGCCCAUUGCUCAUAUCUCUCAGUGGGGACUAUUCAUCUUCUCUAAAUAUAACCAGUAAUGGUCAUGAAGUAUUUCUCCGUUGGUCAGCAGAUCAUGGCACCAAUAAAAAAGGUUUCAGGAUAAGAUAUAUAGCUCUCUACUGUAGUACUCCAGAGUCCCCUCCACAUGGUUUCAUUGUCAGUCAGACAGGUGGACAGCUCAACAGUAUGGUUCGCUGGGCUUGCGAUCGAGGGUUUCGGCUCAUUGGGAAAAGUACUGCUGUAUGCAGGAAGUCUCCAUAUGGUUAUUACUCGUGGGAUGUUCCAGUCCCAGCUUGUCAAGCAAUAUCUUGUGGAAUUCCUAAAGCUCCAUUAAAUGGUGGGAUAUUAACUACAGAUUACUUAGUUGGCACCCGUGUUACUUAUUUUUGCAAUGAUGGAUAUAGGCUAUCAGCCAAAGAGCUUACUACUGCAGUCUGCCAGCCGGAUGGGACCUGGAGCAAUCACAAUAAAACACCUCGAUGUGUUGUUGUUACAUGUCCAAGCAUCAAUUCUUUUACACUGGAACAUGGAAGAUGGAGAAUAGUGAAUGGUUCACAUUAUGAGUAUAAAACAAAAGUAGUUUUCAGCUGUGAUCCAGGGUAUUAUGGUUUGGGACCAGCAUCUAUCGAGUGUCUUGCUAAUGGCACCUGGAGUUGGAGAAAUGAGAGACCUUACUGCCAAAUUAUUUCUUGUGGAGAACUUCCUACACCUCCCAAUGGAAAUAAGAUUGGAACUCAAAUCACCUAUGGAUCUACAGCUAUAUUUACCUGUGACUCAGGAUACAUGUUAGUAGGCUCUGCAGUGAGGGAAUGUCUGUCAUCUGGACUCUGGAGAGGAAUUGAGACGAGAUGUUUAGCUGGUCACUGUGGUAUUCCAGAUCUUAUAGUCAAUGGACAAGUAAUAGGAGAAAAUUAUGGAUAUAGAGACACAGUUGUAUACCAGUGCAGUCCUGGUUUUCGGUUGAUUGGCUCUUCUGUAAGAAUAUGUCAACAGGAUCACAACUGGUCUGGUCAGCUUCCAUCUUGUGUGCCUGUUAGCUGUGGUCACCCUGGUAGUCCUAUUUAUGGAAGAACAAGUGGAAAUGGUUUCAAUUUCAAUGAUGUUGUGACAUUCUCAUGUAAUACUGGGUAUAUUAUGCAAGGACCAACCAAAGCACAGUGCCAAGCUAACAGGCAGUGGAGCCAUCCACCUCCAAUAUGCAAAGUGGUCAAUUGUUCUGAUCCUGGAAUUCCUGCAAAUUCUAUAAGAGAAAGUAAAAUAGAACAUGGAAAUUUCACAUAUGGCACAGUGGUAUUUUAUGACUGUAAUCCUGGAUAUUUUUUAUUUGGCUCUUCAGUUUUAAUUUGUCAACCAAAUGGCCACUGGGACAAACCUCUCCCUGAAUGUAUUAUGAUUGACUGUGGGCAUCCUGGAGUUCCUCCUAACGCGGUCCUGUCUGGUGAUAAAUACACAUUUGGGUCUACUGUCCAUUAUAGCUGCACAGGUAGACGAUCAUUGUUAGGGCAGUCAUCUCGGACAUGUCAGUUAAAUGGACACUGGAGUGGAUCUCUCCCUCAUUGCUCAGGUGAUACAGCUGGUUCUUGUGGUGAUCCAGGUAUCCCAGGUCAUGGGUCUAGAGAAGAAAACAAUUUUAAAAUUAAAAGCACAAUACAUUUCAGCUGUGAUAUUGGAUAUAUCCUCCAUGGCUCAGAAGAAAGAACGUGUCUGGCAAAUGGAAGUUGGACAGGAAGACAACCGGAGUGCAAAGCUGUGCAGUGUGGUAAUCCAGGAACAACUGCUAAUGGAAAAGUACUUCGUAUCGAUGGAACUACAUUCUCUAAUUCAGUAAUUUAUUCAUGUGUGGAAGGAUACAUACUUUCUGGAUCAUCUGUAAGACAGUGCACUGCCAAUGGAACAUGGUCUGGAUCCUUACCAAACUGCACAAUUAUCAGUUGUGGAGAUCCAGGAGUCCCAGCCAAUGGCAUGAGAUAUGGUGAUGAUUAUGUUGUUGGACAAAAUGUUACUUAUAUGUGCCAACCUGGUUAUACAAUGGAAGCAAAUAGCUCCUUAAUUCGCACUUGUACUAGCAAUGGCACGUGGAGUGGAGUAAUCCCAACAUGCAAAGCUGUUACCUGCCCAACUCCUCCGCAGAUCUCUAAUGGAAGGUUGGAAGGAACAAACUUGGACUGGGGAUUUAGCAUUAGCUAUGUCUGCUCUCCAGGAUAUGAACUCUCUUUUCCUGCUGUUUUGACUUGUGUUGGGAAUGGAACAUGGAGUGGUGAAGUACCUCAGUGUUUACCAAAGUUUUGUGGUGACCCUGGAGUACCUGCUCAAGGGAAAAGAGAAGGUAAAAGCUUCAUCUAUCAGUCAGAAGUCUCUUUCAGCUGCAAUCCUCCUUUUGUUUUGGUUGGCUCCAGCACCAGGAUUUGCCAAGCAGACGGCACAUGGAGUGGGUCUUCUCCUCGAUGUAUAGAACCUACUCGCACAGCAUGUGAAAAUCCAGGAGUCCCAAGACAUGGGUCACAAAACAACACAUUUGGCUAUCAGGUGGGAAAUGUUGUUCAGUUUCAGUGUAAAAAAGGGCACCUUCUCCAUGGUUCAACAACACGAACAUGCCUUCCUGAUCUUACAUGGAGUGGAAUCCAGCCAGAAUGUAUACCUCACAGCUGUAAACAACCAGAAACACCAAGUCAUGCUAAUGUUGCAGGAAUGGAUCUUCCCUCACUUGGUUAUACAUUGAUUUACACUUGUCAGUCAGGCUUUUUCCUGGCAGGAGGUUCAGAGCACAGAGCCUGUAGGUCUGAUGGCACAUGGACUGGGAAAGUUCCAGUUUGUGAAGCUGGUUCCAAAAUAUUAGUGAAGGAUCCCAGACCAGCUUUGGGAACACCAAGUCCCAAACUAAGUGUUCCUGAUGAUGUAUUUGCCCAAAAUUAUAUAUGGAAAGGAUCUUACAAUUACAAAAGCAAGAAACAACCCAUGACUUUGACAGUCACCAGUUUCAAUGCAACUUCAGGAAGAGUAAAUGCAACACUUACAAACAGCAAUAUGGAAUUGCUGCUAUCAGGAGUGUAUAAAAGCCAGGAAGCUCGGCUAAUGCUCCACAUAUAUCUCAUUAAAGCACCCUCCCAUACAUCUGCAAGCAAGUUGAAAGAGGAAAAAUGGGCUAUGGAUGGUUUUGUUUCUGCUGAACCUGAUGGAGCAACAUAUGUUUUUCAAGGAUUCAUCCAGGGUAAAGAUUAUGGACAAUUUGGACUUCAAAGAUUAGGUCUUAACAUGUCUGAGGGUUCAAGUUCUUCUAAUCAACCACACGGUACAAAUAGUAGUUCAGUGGCCAUUGCUAUCCUCGUGCCUUUCUUUGCCCUUAUAUUUGCUGGUUUUGGCUUUUAUCUUUAUAAACAAAGGACUGCACCUAAAACACAGUAUACAGGAUGCUCUGUACAUGAAAAUAAUAACGGACAAGCUGCUUUUGAAAACCCCAUGUAUGACACAAAUGCAAAGUCAGUGGAAGGGAAAGCAGUACGAUUUGACCCCAACUUGAACACUGUUUGCACAAUGGUAUAA